AAACAUUUUUAUAUUUUUUUUUACAAAUUUUUUACACACUUUUUACUUUUCUAAAAUUUUGGAAAAAUGGAUCAAGAAAGCGACUACGCUGAAGAGUACGAAAAUACUGAGUCCGAGCCACAUUUUCAAACCGAGAAUGCUGAUCUACACAGAUCGCAUGACCCACAGCUAGAUGCAAAGAACCGAAGGUCACGCAGUUCAAGUCGGACUGGUAAACAAUCGUUCCGCGCUUCAAAGAUUACCACUGACGAACUUAAUCGCGCUGGUUUCCAAAUCAGAUCUAGUUUAGAGUCAUUCUACGAUGAGGAUUACGAAUGUGAAGAUUUUUUGAACAAUGAUGAGCACUUGGUGCAGUUAGAACAAACGCUGCGAAUGAGUUUUUUGGAUAAAUUUGCGGGUUUACCAAAUAUCGAUGAAAUUUCUUCCGAGUCCACCGAAACUAUUAUCGAACAAGUGGAAGAGAAAACAAUUGAUAUGACAUUAUCGGGUAAAUUUGUCGAUCCACUAACCGGCUUAGAUAUAAUAGAAUCCGAUAAAGAGGAUGAAUAUGAAUAUAUGGAAAUCGAAGAGUCUUACGAAGAGGAAGACGAAGGUUACGAACCAUUCGAUAUUACCGAAGAUAGCGAAUUACUACAACUGCUGGGACAUGAGGUUCCAGAAGAACCUGAAGAAGUCGACAAUGCACUAUUCGAUUUGGAUUAUAUACAGAAAAUCAUGCAAGCUGUAGACAUGCAGGAUAUCGAACAGCUCAUUGUGGAGGAUACACGGCGGCAAAAUGAAGAAAUCGUUGCUGCUUUCAUUGAAGAUCUAUUUCAAAUAGUUGCCAAAGCAACUCAAUAUAAAGAUCCGCAAGAGAUAUUGCGUAAGUCCGUCGACAAGCGUCGGCUAAUGGAUGAAAUCAAUGAAAAAGUUCGAACACUCGAAAUGGAGCAGGGCGUGCGUUUAUAUCUCAAUCGCAAAGUCGUCGAUCAUCAUAGGCGUAAGCAUAUGUAUCGCGCAAUAAUAGAGGAUUCUGCCGAAAAUCUGGAGUUUCAAAUGGCAAAAUAUCACUCUUUUUUACAAAAAUACAAYGAAGUAUUGGGCAAAGAGGAGGAACUUGAGCGUGUGACCAAAACCAAAAUUAACAAAUUGCAUGAGACAUUCGAGGAAAAACAGUGUCAAGUGGAUGAGAAGAUUAGCGAGUUUGAGGCGCUUGCUUACCGCGUGAUACUACAAAAACAAAGAAGGGACAUGAACGGCGGUGAGAUCGAUUUGAAUGUAUUUAAUAGCGCAGAAAAUGAGGAACGCUCCAGAAUUAUAUCUAUAUUUUURAAGAAAAUGGCACUGGCGCGCAGGGAAUUGUCUAAAGUUCGACUUAUCUUAAUCAAAAAGCAGCACGUGUUCACUGAUCUGCAAACACGUCUCAAUCAAAUACAAAACAUCGGCAAUGGGCUAAAAUUAUUUCAAUUCGAAAAUCUGCAAAACGAUGUCAUACAAUUGUUCAAGAAAAAUGAUGAACGCGACUCAGAGUUGGCUAAAGCACGAACUCAGCAACAACUCGACGUUCACAUCAGCUCGCAYCUGAGAGAGCGCGUACUAAUGCUGCGCAACAGAUUGAGUGUUCAGAAGUUAACCUUCCGCGAAUUAUUGAGGCAAUCGCAAAUUGCCCGACGCAAUUUAUAUAGACAGAAGCAGAUACGGGCACAAAUCCGUAAAGGAAUCAAAGAGUGCACCUUUCAAGGUGGUAUAUUGUCGAAGCCCUCACUGAUGGUUGAUUAUGAUCGAACUGAGCAGGCGAUAGAUGAGAAAAGAAUAMUCGUUGAAGCUUUACGUAGUCAAUAUAAGAAAAUAGUCGAUAAAAUUGCGUACUAUGAGCAAAUGCUAAAUUUAAGAUCCUCAAAUAAAUAUGUUUUAGGAAAGUGA